AUGAAAGUCGACCUGGCUGCCACUCAAAGCCUUAUGAGCCUCACGGUGCAGAUGAAUUUCAUCGUGAAGGCUCUCUUUGGACUGCUAGCAGCCAGCCUCUCCGACCGCAUUGGGCGCCGACCCGUGCUGCUCUUCUGCCUCGUCCUUCUGAGUCUGGCAAGCUUUUGCUGCGCAUGCGCCGGUCGCAUUGAGUGGUUCUUUGCUGCACGGGUUCUUCAAGGAAUCGGCGAAUCGGUGGAACCUGUGCUCUUCGCCAUCGUCCGCGACUACUUCGCAGAUCCCAGAGAGCGCUUCGGGAUCGUUUCGGUGCUGCAGGUGGUGUCCAUCUGUGGCAUGCUUGUUGCACCCUGUGCUGGUGGACUGCUUGCAGAGCUGUCGGGCUGGCGAACAUCCUUUUUUUUACUUGCAGUCAUCUGGGGCUUACUGGCCGCCUAUGCUUGGUGGACCAUGGUCGAGAGCUGCCACGAGGGGGAGAGCCAGAGCUACCUGAAGGACUUGUCGCGCAUUCUGGACCCACACCUUCUCUGCUUGCUGCUCACCCAGAGCUGCAUCAUGGGAGGCUGUCUGACCUUCAAUGCCAACUCGAGCUACUUCACGCAGGUGACGCUCGGGGGCUCGGUGAUGAUGUCGGCUUACGUGAUGCUGACCUUCGGGGCAUGCAACAGCUUGGGCGCGCUGGUGACGAAGAGCUGUUGCACCGGCAGCAUCUUCAAGGUCUCCAAGAUCUCCCUGACGCUUCUGCUGCUCGCCGGAGUGAUCUCGAUCCUGCUGGAAGAGCUCUUCCCCAGUUUCUUGUGGGGAUAUCUGGUUGGCUCCUUCCUCCAGGCCGCUGUCAUGACAAUGGCCCUCAUCUCCGUGAACGUCCUCUUCUUUGAGCCCUUAGCUGAUUGUGCUGGCGUGGCUGCCUCCUGCGAGGUCUUCGCCAAGAGCGUGGUGCCCAGCCUCUUCUCCAUGGCUUGCACCCAUGCCAUGAUCCACCAAGGAGUCCGGUGCUUCGUCAAUCUCCAGGCUGCGGCGUGCGUGGCGGCAGGGCUCGUAUUCUGGCUCGGCUACGCGCGGAGCCCUCCCGCCUGGCUGGUUGAGAGAGACGCGAAGCUGCUGGUUGAGUUCCCGGAUGCAAAGGACGAAGGCAUCAGCGACGGGGCGAGCCCGGUCUAUGCUGCAGCGAUGAAGGUGCUGGAGGCGUUGCUCGAUGCCCGUGCCAACGCCGACACCACCAAGGACGAUGGUGCCUCUGCGGCUUUCAUCGCCACCCAGUUCGGCAGCCCGAAGGCCCUGAACCUUCUCCUCGGGGCAUCGGCGGAUCCGAACCGCGCGCGGCAGGAGGACGGCGUGGCUCCAGCGUACAUGGCGGUGCAGAGCAGCCAUUCCGAGGAACUCAAGAUGCUGCUGGAGGUCUGGGGUGGGCCUCUUUGGGAUCACAGCUUUCCUCAGAGGCCUCGUCUCGGCGCCCUCUGCCUUCUGGGCCUUCUCGGAGCUGCCCUGCCGGCCUCCGUUCCGCCUCUCUGGUGGCGGAAGGGCCGGCCUCGGAAGAUUUUGGGGAGCAGGGCUGAGGCGGAGCUGCUCUGCCAGCUGGCCGUUCUACUGAUGCCGGAUGUGCCCAUUGCCGAGGCUUUUCGUGAUUUUCCGGUGGAGAAGUCCGAAGAGUGGGGUUCCAGCAGACUGUCCCCGGAUUUGACAGCUUACGGAGUGCUCAAAGCAACCGAUGCUGCCCUGUUUAUCGAGUACGAUGGCUAUUACCGGCACGUGGAGCCACCGGGCCUGGCCAGGGACAUGCGCAAGACCAGUGCCCUAUUACGGUUUGCGCCUGCAGGAUCGCUGGUAGUCCGUAUCGCACACAAGGAGCGGCAGUGGAAGGAUAAGUCAACGCAGAUCUUGGUGGAUUGUUGGUUUACUGACCAUGAGCCUUCUCUCUUCAAGGCCGUAAAUCAGGUCGUGACUUCUCUUUUGGAGCAGUCCCGUCGCAGGCUGCAUCCCACACUGGCUUCACGCCUGGAAUCCUUGGAAGCAGAAGAAGGAAUCGACAGGGAUGCAGGCAUCUGUGCAAAAGAGGCCGAGCUGGUUGGUAUGUCAGACAGGAGACGAGCGAAUCUGGCAGACUUUCUUUGCAGGGGCACACACCUGACUACCUCGCAGGUUGCCAAGCUGAUCGCGAGCUCUCCUCAAGUGCUUAGCUUGAGCAUUGAGGCAAAUCUGAAGCCAACUAUCGAAUGGAUCAAGGGGCUGGGCCUGAGCCAGUCGCAGGUUGCCAAGGUGGUCGCGAUCUUUCCCUCAGUGCUUUCCUUGAGCAUCGAGGCAAAUCUGAAGCCAACAGUGGAAUGGAUCAAGGGGCUGGGCCUGAGCCAGUCGCAGGUCGCGAAGGCGAUCGCGACACAUCCUGCAGUGCUUGGAUACAGCAUUGAGGCGAAUCUGAAGCCAACAAUCGAAUGGAUCAAGAGGUUGGGUCUGAGCCAGUCGCAGGUUGCCAAGCUGAUCGCGACCUUUCCACAAGUGCUUGGCUUGAGCAUUGAGGCGAAUCUGAAGCCAACAGUCGAAUGGAUCAAGGGGCUGGGCCUGAGCCGGUCGCAAGUUGCCAAGAUGAUCGCGAGAUUUCCCCCAGUGCUUGGCUUGAGCAUUGAGGCGAAUCUGAAGCCAACAGUCGAAUGGAUCAAGGGGCUGGGCCUGAGCCGGUCGCAAGUUGUCAAGAUGAUCGUGAGAUUUCCCCCAGUGCUUGGCUUGAGCAUUGAUGCGAAUCUGCAGCCAACAGUCGAAUGGAUCAAGGGGCUAGGCCUGAGCCGUUCGCAAGUUGCCAAGAUGAUCGCGAGCUUUCCCCCAAUGCUUGGCUUGAGCAUUGAUGCGAAUCUGAAGCCGACAGUCGACUGGAUCAAGGGGCUAGGCCUGAGCCGGUCGCAAGUUGCCAGGAUGAUCGCGAGCUUUCCCCCAAUGCUUGGUUUGAGCAUUGAGGCGAAUCUGAAGCCGACAGUCGACUGGAUCAAGGGGCUAGGCCUGAGCCGGUCGCAAGUUGCCAAGAUGCUCACGAGCUUUCCCUCAGUGCUUGGCUUGAGCAUUGAGGCGAAUCUGAAGCCAACAGUCGAAUGGAUCAAAGAGUUGGGCCUGAGCCAGUCGCAGGUUGCCAAGGUGAUCGCGACAUCUCCUGCAGUGCUUGGAUACAGCAUUGCGGCGAAUUUAAUGCCAACAGUCGAAUGGGUCAAGGGGUUGGGCCUGAGCCAGUCGCAGGUUGCGAAGGUGAUCGCCACAUCUCCUGCGGUGCUUGGCUACAGUAUAGAGGCAAAUCUGAAGCCGACAGUGGACUGGAUGAAGGGGCUGGGCCUGAGCCAGUCUCAGGUUGCGAGGGUGAUCGCAGCAUCUCCCCAGGUGCUUGGCUUGAGCAUUGAGGAGAAUCUGAUGCCAACAGUCGAAUGGGUCAAAGGGCUGGGCCUGAGUCAGUCGCAGGUUGCCCAGGUGAUCUUGCGGCGUCCGCAAGUGCUUGGCUUGAGCAUUGAGGCAAAUCUGAAACCAGCAGUAGAAUGGAUGAAGCGGUUGGGGAUGAGCCAGUGUCAAGUCGGCAAGCUGAUUGCAGCAUUUCCUCCGGUGUUCGGCCUUCGUAUCGACACAAAUCUGUCAGCGAAACACCGUCUUCUACAAGAUUUUUUCCCCGAAGCGGAGGCAGCGCAAUUGCUGGCCCGAUCACCUCGCCUUUGGAGCUAUAGGUAUGCUCGACUUGAGCAUCGCCUGUCAGUGUUGAAAUCUCACAACGAUCUCUCCAAGCUUGCGGGCGCCAUGGCACUUGCCCUGGAUGCGUUCAGUCGCAGAUACCCUGGGCAGAGGAGCACAUCGACAGACGGGUGA